AUGUGUAUGCCUCAAUAUAACCCACUCGCGCUCAGGGAGAGUUUGCUGGAGCUCGAAAUAAAACCCCUGGGAUCGCCCAAGGUUGAAAUUUUCGCGCCUACCCCCAUCCUAAUUGAUCCUUCCAUCGGCACGAUGGACACCACUCAUUCCAAUUUCGAUCCUCAACGUAUCACUCCGUUGGUUUCGCGAAACCCGCGAAACUCCCCAGCACCGUCAAGCGCAACGAUUGGUCUGAUGCCAGCUACGCCACCAAUGAGACUCCAAAGGGUCGUAAAAGGUCGACCCUACUCCCUCCCUGCCGGUGUCCGAGCCACUCGAGGUCGUUGGUUCCUUGUCAAGGUAUCAAAGACGUACACUAGCCGCCCGGUCAACUAUCCCUAUAUUGUUGGAAUCAACGAUGAUUCCGAAAAUGAUCAACAAAAGAAGAAGAACGGCUGGACCAGGAGUCGAACCUGGGUCGUUUCCAUUAAUCGGAAAAGCUUUGACCUCUAAGCUAUCCGGCCCCUGAUAUCAGUGCAAGGUCUACUAACACCUUCAAUACUUCCCCUUAGACCUUUGCACUGCUGCCAGGCUAUUGCAAUGCGUCGACUCUAAGUCCCAAUUGGACUCUGUGUCAAGCUUCUGCGGCAGCUCCGGCAGCUAUGUGCUGCGUCAUUGGAAAGAUUUACAAGAAAGGUUCUAUAAUAGAUCCUCACAUAUAUCCGCAAGCGCCCAAGUCCUUGCCAAUCGAAGCGCAAGAGGGAAGAACCCUCUUUCCAAGCUGCGCGGUUUUGCUCAAGCCUUGCACUUAAUGUCGGGCUCGCAAGACGAAUUUGAUGCUGAAGUCACUUGCUCAAGGUAUAGGCUCUUCCCAAAUUGCAGCGGAUCCUUGUCACCAGAACACUCACACUCACAUUGGUCAUGGUUUAGUGACUCCUUGAGCAGCUGCAAGAAGAAGAGUGAGAUCGUCGAUCCUAAGCCGUGCCAUGAUGAGUAG